AUGAAUAAAGUUCAAACAGCUCAAUUCAAAAAUGAAUUCGAGACAAGCAACAAAAAUGUUCUCCCAAGAAUUGAACUUCCAUUCCCACCAACUAUUACUCCCGAAGAAAUUAUUAAUAUCAAAGAUGGGAAAAUACCAUCAAAACCCCCAAACAGCUUUCUUAUCUAUCGCCGCGCUUUUCAAAAACAAAUUAACGAAAAUGGUAUCUUGUUAAAAUUAAGCAUUGUAUCUACCUUGGCAUCUGAACAAUGGAAGAAAGAACCGAUUGAAGUAAAAAAGGCAUAUAAACAAUUAGCAUUGCAAGUUAGUUACGCAUUGGUUGAAAUGCGUGCUAUGGAAGUCAAAGCAAAAAAAUAUGCACAAGAAUUAGAACAUUUAUCUGAUCAAAACGCACAAAAAUCUAUAAAUGAAAAAGCACAAGAAGUCAUAAAUGAUGAUAUGGAAAUUUAUAGCCAACAAUUUCCUUCCUCUUUAUCACAUGAAAAUCAAUAUUUUACGUCAUCACCAAUUUCAUUUGAAGAAUUUUCUUUUCUUGAUCAAGAAGAAAAUUUAACUUUUUUAAAUUCAGAGGUUACAGAAAAUGGAUCGAGCAUUUUUAAUAAUGCGUCGCAUCAUAAUUCCCCCACUGAAAAUUACUAUUGUAUUAAUGAAGAUACGCAAGCCGCAUUAUGCGAAUUACCAAUAGGAUUCAAUAAUUACUCGCUUGGCUUUGAAAAUUUUACAAAUUAUGCUCAAAUACAAGAAAUAGGCUCACUAAAUUAUUCAAGAAAAAACAAUAUAGAGAUUUUAGAUUUUUCAAAUAACCUGAAUAUGAAUAUGAAUAUGACGACAUUUGAAUCAAAUCAGCAUUUUUUUAAUGCGAGUGGCUUGGAUAAUUAUCAGAUUCUCGAAUAUUGCUCAAACGAUGAUAAUCUAACAACUAUAAAUGAAUCUCAUGUAUACAAUUUUAAUCUUUAG